CGCGGCACGGAGCGGCCCUGAGCCGGGGAUAUAAGGAGGGAGGCGGCGGAGCGGCGGGAGAGCGCCGGGGAGGCUGGAGCGGUGGUGUGGGAGCCAACGGAGCUGAGCGCUGGGACGAGGCCCUUGGCUGCCUUCUCGCCGUUUAAGCCGCCAACCCCGGACAGCCGCACCGCCGACUCGACUCGCUGCCUCUUCCCUGAGCCGCCGCCAUGGUGAAAAGCGUUGGCAGCCUGACUGAAUUUGAGGCCGAGCUGAAAGCUGCUGGUGAGAAGCUUAUAGUAGUUGACUUUUCUGCUACAUGGUGUGGACCAUGCAAAAUGAUCAAGCCCUUUUUCCACAGUUUGAAUGAGAAGUACAGUGAUGUGGUGUUCAUCGAAAUAGAUGUGGAUGACGCCCAGGAUGUUGCUAGCCACUGUGAUGUGAAGUGCAUGCCAACUUUCCAGUUCUACAAGAAUGGAAAGAAGGUGCAGGAGUUCUCGGGGGCCAAUAAGGAGAAGCUGGAAGAGACCAUUAAAAGUCUAGUCUAAGCUGCAGCUGCUAGCUAUGGGGAUACUGAAGCAUGACUGCUUCAGCUGCAUUAUAGCCUGUGACUUUUCUACUUAAAAAAUAAUUCAAAACAAAGUGGAUAGUUUAAGUAGUGGAUACUCUCCUGCUAAUCUAUGUAAGUGAGUCCAAUAAAGUGUGAAUUAUUCACUUAA